UGUCAUUUUUCGCCUGUGUGUCUGUGUCCUGGCCCCGGUGGCUGCCUCUUGGGUCUCCACCGGGGCUCCUUAGGUUAUGGUUACCGUGGUGUUACUUUAAAGGCCAGACUGCAUUAAUAUAUCGUGUAAAGUAAUGAUUACUGAGGCGCCGUGGCCUGGGUGUUACUCCAGACUUACACCCAACACACCCUGGGGGCUGACACUUUUGUUUUGGCAGAGUUUAAUGUUGUAGUUGUUUCUGUCACUAAUUAUUUGUUUGAUAUGUUUGAAAACUUAUAAAUUGCAAAAUGUUACUCAAUAGUUUUUAUUUAUUUUCACACUUUUAUCUGAAUCUGGAUCUGGAUUUAUGAAGUGCAGGGCAGCCACACAGGUGCAUAACACAUAUUUGUGUUGGAGCGUGUACUGCAGUUUAGCUACAUUCCCUGACAUCUUGUCUUGCUCCUCAUCAAUCUUUAUAACCAUUCCCCACAGAAAUGGCUGAACAAGUGAUUUGUCUUCCUCUGGGAAGAAAUGUUAGGUUUAGUAAGAUGAAAAUAAGGGGGAUGGCAUUGCAAGGCCCCACUCCCUCAUGAGGGGGUGAUGUUAGAUUUGUUAUAUAAUUUUUGUUGAUAAAUACCGUGAUAAGCUUCUUGCUGCCUUGUUGUCAGUGUGGCGGUUGAGGUGACAACAGGGGCAGCCUCCCUCAGGUUACUGGAAACACACCAAAGCUCACCAGAAACAAAGUUUCAUAUGCCAUUGUGAUGGGUGAAGUUAUUGAUAUCUAUUUAUGCUAAUUUUAUAGCUCUUAAGUUACAAUUUUAGCUGCAACAGUUUACUACUUUCAGUUAGGUUUACUUGUGGUUUGUUAGCUUAAGAAUAUGUGGCAUGCAUACAAGAUAAGUUGAGAGAGAUACAGUUAAAGACUUUCAGCCUGAGGUACAGUCACUUGACAAGUGGCUGUUUCAUACUAUCAAAAGGCAGCCCAAAGCACCAGAGACAUCAGAUUCAAUUUUGCAAGCAUGUGAUUUUAUAGGCUUUUCUGUUGGUGUUCCUAAAUGAAUUAAAUUUGAUGUUUCUUUUGUGGUAAUGACCAAAAAAAAAAUUGAUAAAAUUGUGAAUGUAAGUGGAUCAAGGGCAAAGUGUGGUAACAAGAGAGAGAGAAUAUGUAAGGUCUUGUAUUAUACUCUCAGAAGAAAAAGAAUAGGCGUCCAUGUGAAAAAAAGUAGUUGUUUAAGUAUGCAAGAUUCAACAGCAGCAUACAGCAUCAUAGGAAACCACACCAUCCAGUCAUUCAUCACUCAACCCAAACCACCAACUCAACUGUCUUUGGGAGUCAAGAACACAAGGAGGACUCAGCCCACCCAGCAACCAUCCGUCCCUCCAGCCAGCCAUGCACACCCCACACCACCAUGCAUUGCAACAGCACUAUUGAUGAGGGAGUGAUCUUAUUGAGUCACACCUCUUUACCAGAACUAUUGCCAAUGCAUCAGCCUCGCCAAGCUGCACCAAGGACCUCAUUUGCCCUGCUCUGCCCUGUUCCAUCUUGCCUCAGCCUUUGUUGCCUUCAGCUUGGUGGCACUGGCUCCCCUGUGGUCCCACUGAGAGGGUUAAGACAGGCUGCUUUCUACUGCCCCAGACUUGGCGCAACUGAGUCAUGGAAGGUUGUGGCCUUUUGUCGAGGUGGUAUUAGGGUCUGCCCUCGGCCGCUGCGCCCCUCCUCCCCUCCUACUCCCGUCCCAUCCUAUCCUUUCCUCCCCUCACUCCUCCACUCUUGCUUAUGAUCUGUAUGUGUGUUUGUCUGUCUGGUCAACUCAUGUAUGGAGUCAUUUAUUGUGUGAAUGUGUGUGUGUGUGUGUGUGUGUGUGUGUGUGUGUGUGUGUGUGUGUGUGUCAGUUGAUUCUUUGCUUCAACAGCUGUCUAUGCAGUAAAACCUGAUUAUAUGUGUAUGAUGUUGCUGAUAAAAAUAAUUGUAACAAGUCUCUGCUGUUAUAUUAUUCUUGUCAAAGUCAUUACAUAUUAAAGCUUUCCUGUUGUCUCUUACUGGUGGUGGAGUGUUUAUGAUAUCUGUGUCAUCUGAUGAAGGUUUUUCUUUAUUUAGCCGUGGAAGACUCAAGUGUUUGUGUUUGUGGCGUUUGUUUAACUCUUAAGAAAGGGUUGACUUAAAAACAUGACAAUUGUUUGAGUAUUACUGUGGCUUUUGUGUUUGCCUUCUGAAGAAACAAAAAGGUUAAGGCUAAAAUGCUCUGUGGUUAACUUAAGACAUGGAUGAAGUGUUUGUUACCCAUACAUAAGGAAGAGUAGCUUCAGCACAGACCCAAUUACACAUUAAGACAUGUAAAUUGAUGCCACCAUUUGGCAAUUUUUAUUUUGGCAACACUUUUGCAGCAUCAAUAAAUUGGCAAGAGGCAAAUCCUACUGUACUAGCUCUCAGCCUGCUUGUGGCACUUGUGUUUAGCUGAAGGAAAUAAUGGUGUGAUGCUCUCUGUUUAGUUUAAGCCAUUACUGCUGACUUUGUGAUCCUGGUGGAGGUGGAGUGUGAAGGGCUGUGUUGUAAUUGUGAUAAGAUAGUGUUGACUUCUCUUUAGGUCACUGCUUGCUUGCUUGCUUGCUGGAAUUUUGAGGGGAGUGAUAUCCUCGCAGGGCGUUGGCCUGCCUCUUGUGUCACUGAUACAGGAAUGACAUGACUGACAGUCCAUUCACUUAGGCUGAAUCCCAACUGAAUAAGUAACUUAAAAUUACUUAUUUUGUUUUUACCCUGUUGAAUUGUGACAUUGGGUUAUGGUUGUACAGUCUGCUUCAUCCAAUCAUGUCAACAUAAUCUGCCCAUAUUGCAUAACAGAUGAGCUAAUUAAAGAAAUAUUGAUAUUUUCUGGACCUGCAUGAUUGUGUUGGGGGUCAGAGAUAGCCAGUCAGCAGCAUCCUUCCACGCUCGGCUAGGAGCGAGGGAGCCUGCUGGAGUGCCGCCUGCAGUGAAUGGACUAUUAUAGCGUUAGUUUUACUUGAGGUGUUUACUCUUCAGUGUCUGGGAUGUUUUCAUUUUUGGGGCAGGAGCAUCAGGAGACAUAAUUAUAGCUGUGAAAAUUUGGUGGCUGGAAGUGCUCUGUGAAUGUCUUGUGAUGUGUUAAUCCCUGACCACUGGAAAAAAGGAAAACACCUCAAUUGUUUUCUCCUUUCAUUAGACACAAAACGGAAGAGCACUCACCUCGCUCACCUUGGAGGGGCUACCCGUGAGUCAUCUCUGAUCAGCCAGAGCCCUGAGGUGUUGCCGGUGGUGUGUUGCGUCGUGCUGGAUGUUGCCGCCCUGCCCUCAACACUGCGGCUGACUGACUAAGUGUUGUAGUAGUUGCCAACGGGCAGGAGAUGAUGUGCAAUGAAGGGGAGGGAGGAGGCGAAGAUGGGCCGGCCAGAAAAGUCCCUCGCAUGGAGACAUCGGAGGAGGACGAAGAGGAGGAGGAAGAAGGAGAAGGAGAGGAAAACAACUGGGAGUGGUCUGCGGGCAACAGAGGGGCGGCGAGGGCUUCAGGCGGCAAUGAGGCGCUGGACGACUCGCGCUAUGCCGGGUUUCAGUUGCUGGAUGAGGUGCACGAUGGCGAUGACUUGGACGACCAGGACGAGCCAGACUCCGAGGAGGACUAUGACUCUGAGGUGCCUGAGGAGGAGAUCGAUGCCCUGCUGGAGGAGGGGCUGCCGGAGGAGAUGAAGGGGCCGCGGAAAAGGAGGAGAGACGCCCUGCUUGGAGAGGGAGAGGAGGCGCCCUAUGACGAGAGGCAGAAGAUUGUGCUUGUUGAGAAGGGCAGCAACCACUUUGAGGUGCUGCCGGAGGGGUGGGUUCAGGUCACGCACAACAGCGGUAUGCCAGUCUACCUCCACAAGCAGUCCAGGGUGUGCACCAUGGCCAAGCCCUACUUCCUCGGCCAGGCCAGCGUCAGGAAACACGAUAUCCCCCUCAGUGCCAUCCCGUGCCUGCAGUACAUGAAGGCCUUGGACGUGGAGAAGGCUACCGAGGAGGAGGGCAGCGAGAACAGCAAAGGAGCCACACAGGAGAACGGGGAAGUGGAGCAGACUACCAAGGAGACCAACACCAGCAAUACCACCACCACCACCACCAUUACCUCCACCGCCACCACCACAGCACCACCAGCCCCGCCAUCACCCCCCCCACCACCACCAGCCACCACGCCAACGACAGCCGUGGUGGAGAAUGGAGUUGACAGCAGCUGGCCGGGUGGAGGUGGAGGUGGUGUGUGUCCUGUUAGUGGUGGUGGUGGUGGUGGUGGGAGUUCCUUAGCAGCAGCUCUGGCUCUGAACACAUCGAUGGAAGGAGCUGCCCCCCCGUCCAGUCUGAUGGUGGGCAACGCCAAGAUCGAGACUGCCGUUGAGAACCUCCAGCAACAGUCCCUGGAGGCCGGCGAGCUGCGGGAUUACUGUGAGAGGCGCUUCCACUUCAAGGCCAUCAAGAUCAUUAGGUUCAAGUCUUGGGCUGAGCGUCGCCGUUUCCAGAAGCUCACCAAAAAGAAGGAGCGUCCACAGCUUCCCGAGGGCACCAAGCUCAUCUCCCUCUGCCGGCAGGAGGAGGACGGGACAUGUGCCGCCAGUAGCAAGAAGGAGUGGAUCAUGAACCCCAAAGGCAAGAGCUACGUCUGCAUCCUGCACGAGUACGUCCAGCACGCCCUCAAGAAGCAGCCAAAAUACGUCUUUAAGGAAGUGGAGAACGCCGCCACGCCCUACGCUGCCACCAUCAUCAUCAACGACCUGCACUACAGCACGGGGUACGGCAGCAGCAAGAAGCAGGCCAAGACCGAGGCAGCCAAGGCCACGCUGGAGAUCCUGCUGCCGGAGCUCGGGGAGAAGAUCAGAGAGGAGUCCAACACCAAGGAUGACGCUGACCUCUCGUUCUUCGACGAGAUCCGCAUUGAGGACCCGCGUGUGCCGGAGCUGUGCAACAAGACCAGCGAGCUCUCCCCGUACUCCAUCCUCCUCAACUGCCUCCAGCGCAACUUUGGGCUCAACGGCGCCAACAUCGACUCCCGGCUGGUGACGCAGAAGAACCAGAAGAAUGAGUUUGUGAUGAGCGUCGGCAAGCACACGGUCCAGGUGCAGUGCAAGAACAAGAAGGACGGCAAGCAGCGCGCGUCACAGGCCAUAUUGCAGAAGCUGCAUCCCCACAUCAGCAGCUGGGGGUCUUUGCUUCGCCUCUACGGCAAUCGCUCCAUGCAGACGAUGCGGGAGAAGAAGGCGGAGGAGCAGGAGAUCACGCUGCUGCAGUCCAACGCGACGGUGAACCAGCCCAACACCUCCAUCAUAAACAAGCUGAAGGAGGAGAUGCUGAAGCUGCUGGAGAUGAAGAAUUCCAUACAACCCAUCGGAAAAUUCCAGCCCCCAGAAGACGUCGCGCUCCCCUCCGCUUCCGGCAUUGACCUCAACAAUGUCGACCUCUAGAGCCACAGAAGGGUCACGAGGGGUUCACCGAGGGGUCACUGCAGGGUCGCCAAAGUUUACCAAGUUGCCAUAGAGAGUAAUGAUGCGAAGGUCAGCUGGGCAGUGAUAUCAGGUUGUUUUAAGGGGUGGAAAAGGUCACAUUAGGGGUUUCAGUGUUGGGUCAUGGAAAGGUCAGGUCAGGGUCAUGGAAGGUUUGUAGCGCUGUUUUGAGGUCAGUGUGGGGUGAAGGAGGUGAUUUAAGAGUGUUAGAAUGUGUUUUGUGGAUUCUGACCCUCCCCCCAAAUAUAAGGUUGGUGGAAAUUGAUGUUCAAAUUGAGAGGUGAUGUAGUGUUUUUUUUUUUUUGUGUGUGUGUGUGUGUGUGUGUGAAAAAAUGUGUGUGUGUUUUUGUGAAAGGAUGUAGUGUGUGUGUGUGUGCGUUUUGUGUGUGAGAGAAUGUCGUGUUUUUUGUGUGUGUUUUAUGUGAAAGAAAAAGUACAGUGUGUGUUGUGUGUGUGAGAGAGUAGUGUUGUUUGUUUGUUUGUUUGUGAAAGAACGUAGUGGGUGUCUUUCACGUGAGAGAAUGUCGUACAUGAUUUUUGUGAACAGAAUGUAAGUUAACUGAUAUUACAAAGGGCUGCAGGAAAAAGAAAAAAAGAUGUUCCUAGGAGAGAUGGCAUUUCAGAGAAGGGAGUGCUUGAAAAUAGAAAAGUCUGUCUAGUGAUAUUUCAAAGAGGGGGUGAAUGAACGAAGGAAAGGGUGAGUAGGGUGAAUGAAAAUGAUAGUAACUCAGGUUAUAGGGCUAAAAAAAGGGAGUGUGUGAAAAUAGAAAAGUCUGUCUAGUGAUAUUUCAAAGAGGGAGUGAAUGAAUGAAGAAAUUGUGAGUAGGAUGAAUGAAAAUGAUAGUUAGUCAGGUGAUAGGGUAAAAAAAAGGGAGAAUGUAAACAAGGAGAGUGUGAAAAUCGAAAAGUCUGUGUCAAGUGAUAUUUCAAAGAGGGCGUGAAUGAAUGAGGAAAUGGUGAAGUUAUAAAUAUGGUGAAUGAAAAUGAUUGUUAUUCAGGUGAUAGGGCUAAAAAAAGGGAGUAUGUGAAAAGGGAGAGUGUGAAAAUAGAAAAGUGUCUCAAGUGAUAUUACAAAGAGGGCGUGAGUGAAUGAGGAAAUGGUGAAGUUAUAAAUAGGGUGAAUGAAAAUGAUAGUUAGUCAGAUGAAAGGGAUUGAAAAAGGUGUAUGUAAACAGAGAGCGUGAAAAUGAAAGUCUGUCGUGUGAUAUUUCAAAGACGGAGAAAUGGCAUUAUAGAUAUGGUGAAUGAAAAUAAUAGUUACUCAUGUUAUAGGGCUAAAAAGAGGAAGUAUGUAAACAGGGAGAACGUGAAAAUAGAAGCGAGUGUUUGAAUGAGGAAAUGGUGAAGUUAUAAAUAUGGUGAAUGAAAAUAAUUGUUACUCAUGUUAUAAGGCUAAAAAAAGGAAGUAUGUAAACAGGGAGAGCGUGAAAAUAGAAGGAGUGUUUGAAUGAGGAAAUGGUGAAGUUAUAAAUAGGGUGAAUGAAAAUAAUAGUUAGUCAGGUUAUAGAGUUAAAAAAGGAGGUAUGUAAACAGGGAGUGUAUGAAAAUCGAGAAGUCUGUGUCAAGUGAUAUUAAAAAGACUGAGUGAAUGAGUGAAGCAGGUUAUGAUGUUACAGAUACAAUAUCGGAAAAUGGAGGUUAGUGUCAGGUGGUAGGGUUAAAAAUGGGUUCAAAGCAGGGAGAACACGAGACUAAUCUGCUGUGGCCUUGCCCUCAGCGGAAGCCUCAAAUGGGAACAGGACAAGAAGUUAGUUAUGAUGUUACAAAUAAGGUGAAUGAAAAUGUUUGUUAGUAGUUAGUGUGAGGUGAUGGGGUUGAAAAGAGCUCAAAACAGGGAGAACACGAGACUUUUCUGCUGUGGCCUUGCCCUUUGCAGAAGCCUCCAAUGGGAACAGGGCAAGAAAUAAGUUAUGAUGUUACAAAUAGCGUAAAGAAAAUGGGAGGUAUAUGUGGUAGGGAUGUGGCAUUAUGUCCAGAAUAAGGGGGAUGUGAAAGAUAGGGAAGAAGGGAGUGAGGGAAGAAAGCAAGGAGGUAAAAGGGAGAAGGGAGGAUACUAACAAAUGUGAGUUAGUGUUAGGUGAUGGGGUUAAAAAAAGAGCUCAAAACAGGGAGAACAUGAGACUUAUCUGCUGUGGCCUUGCCCUUAGCGGAAGCCUCCAAUGGGAACAGGACAAGAAGUAAGAUAUUAUGUUAUAAAUAGCGUGAAUGAAAAUGUGAGUUAGUGUCAGGUGAUGGGGUUAAAAAAAAGAGCUCAAAACAGGGGGAACACGAGACUUUUCUGCUGUGGCCUUGCCCUUAGCGGAAGCCUCCAAUGGGAACAGGACAGAAGUAGUAGGUUAUGAUGUUACAAAUAGUGUGAAUGAAAAUGUGAGUUAGUGUCAGGUGAUGGGGUUAAAAAAGGGCUCAAAACAGGGGGAACAUGAGACUUUUCUGCUGUGGCCUUGCCCUUAGCAGAAGCCUCCAAUGGGAACAGGACAAAAGUAGUAGGUUAUGAUGUUACAAAUAAGGUGAAUGAAAAUGUGAGUUAGUGUGAGGUGAUGGGGUUAAAAAAGGGCUCAAAACAGGGGGAACACGAGACUUUUCUGCUGUGGCCUUGCCCUUAGCGGAAGCCUCCAAUGGGAACAGGACAGAAGUAGUAGGUUAUGAUGUUACAAAUAGCAUGAAUGAAAAUAUAAGUUAGUCAAGCGAUUGGGUUCAAAACAGGGAAAAACGAGCGUCAUCUGCUGUGGCCUUGCCCUUAGCGGAAGCCUCCAACGUGAACAAGGCAAUAAGUUAAACGAUUUCCAGAUAUUACGUGACUCAGAAAACAUGACGUGGCUGUGUUGUUGAAUACUGUAGGGCUGCCAUUGCUCUUCCACUUCUGUGCAAUAAGAGGAAACGCCCAGAUGGUUUUUAACGUAACAUAAAUCAAAGGAAAGAAUUAUUAGGUUGACAUUAGGAAAAUAUACGGCCUUGCUUUUCUUCUAACUUAAAGGAAUAGGAUAAUAAGUUAGGUUUUAUUUUAAACUAAAGAUUUGUAUUUGGGUGGAGGAUUAUAAGGUGUAGAGAGGGAAUGGCACUUAUGUAUCUACUUAUACGAGGAGAGAAAAUUAGAAUAUACUUAAGGGAGGAAAGAUGGGAGAAGGAGUAGGACUGAAAGGGAGAGAGAGAGAGAGAGAGAGAGUGGGAUGGUGUGAAUGGAAGGAAGAGGACAGACAGGAGAGUGAGAGAGAGUGAGCCUGGAACGGUACGGACGUGAGAUAGGAGUCCGUAAAAGCGAAGGUCUACUCUAAUGUGUUCCAGCUUGUUAGAUAUAAGUAAAAAUGAGUAAAUGGGAGUAAUUUAAUGCCAGGGAGUAUCGGUGAUGAUUCAGAGGUGAGGGACGGGUUGAUUAAGUCCCUCCCAUCACUCCUCAGCCAAGUUCCUUAAUCCAGAUACUAACUUAAUUGUGAUCUAAGUCAUGUGCAGUGUUGUGGCUCCCUCCCUGUCCGCUGCACUGCUGAGCUUUAACAUUCUAAUCCCGGCUUUGUUGAUCUCAGACUUGUGCUGAGUUUAGUAUUGUGACCCCCAGCGAGGCACACACACACACACACACACACACACACGGAGGAAGAGGAUGGAGAGUAUGAGAAAGAAGAUGAGAGGAGAGAGGAGGAGACCCUAAAUACACACACACACACACACACACGGAGGAAGAGGAUGGAGAGUAUGGGAAAGAAGAUGAGAGGAGAGAGGAGGAGACCCUAAAUACACACACACACACACACACAUGGAGGAAGAGGAUGGGGAGUAUGAGAAAGAAGAUGAGAGGAGAGAGGAGGAGACCCUAAAUACACACACACACACACACACACGGGGUAGGAUGUGAUAAGGAAAAGUUGGACAAAUACAGAUACGUAGAUGGGACCACACGAGCUUAAGCCCAGGCCCUGUAAAGCAAUAACUAGGUAAAUACAACUAGGUAAAUACACACUCUCUCCUCUACUUAGAAUACAUUUGCAGGAUCAGUCAAGCCGAGAGAGGUAAUGAGUUAGAAAGUUAAGAUCUCGGAAUUGAAGAGCCGAUGGAUGGAAUGCUUUACCAAAUGGACUUGUUUGUCAAAAGUGGAGUUAGGUUUGCGGAUCGCCAGGGUAAGAUGUGACAAGUGCAGAAUGUUACGAGCUUGACUUAGUCCUGUAUAAGUGUGAGUUGUAGGUACACACACACACACACACACACACACACUCCUCCUCCCAUCCCCUGAUUUUCCACCCUUCCACUCACAUCCUCUCCCUCCACCUCCCCAUCUCACCCCAUUCCACCCCUCGCAUCCCCACCCUUACCAACCCCUCCCCAUCACUCCCAUCCCACUUUCCCUCCCUUCCCCUCUUCCCAACCCUCCCUUUUCAUCCUCUCCCUUCCUGUAGCUCCCCAUCUCUCCCCUCCCACCCUUACCAACCCCUCCCCAUUACUCCCAUCCCAUUUUCCCUACCUUCCCUCUGAUUCCCCCCUUCCCAAACCCUACCAUUUCAUCCUCUCCCUUCCUGCAGCUCCCCAUUACCAACACCCCCCCCCCAUCACUCCUAUCCCCUAUCGUUCCUUUGACUCCCCUCUCAUCCUCUCCCUUCCUCCAGCUCCCCAGCCCUCCUCUCUCACCCCCCUCCACACACACACACACACACACACACCUAUCAACCAUGUGCAGGGAGAAGAGGAUCUUGUUGGUGUGUCUGGGUUAGUCUCUUGAUGACUAAUAAAGUGAUGAUUUCUACCUUUAUUUUUACUAACUCAUCUAUUUUUAGUUUUUUUUUUUCUUGAUUUAUUUUUACUUAGGUUAAGGGAGGUGAGACGAGGCUGGCAGUGUCUUGAACUUGUGUAUUUAUCUCUAUGUAUUUUCUAAGGCAUGUGAAGAUUAAUAAUAAUGCUCUUUUUGAUUCUUGUGUUAAGAAUCGCAUGGACUGAAAAUGAGACAAGAAUUGCAUGGACUGAAAAUGAGACGAGAAGGAGUGUAUGAGAAAGAAGAGGAAAGGAGAGGAGAGGAAAGAAUAGAAGGAAGAGGAGGAGGAGGAGGAGGAGGAGGAGGAGAAAGAAAAAAAAAUAAAAGUAAACAAUAGAAAAUACAGGACUCAAAAAAAGCACAAUUCAACUCAAGGAGGAGGAGGAAAAUCUGAAGACAAAUUAAGCAGCAAUAGUAGGAAGAGAAAGAAAGAAAACAACAACAACAAAACAACAAACAAUAACAACAACAGAACAACAAACAGGGGAUUUAAAAGCACACAAUUCAGCUGAUAAUUUAAUAUAAUGGUGUUGACAAUUGUGGCAAACAUAUACACACUCACACACACACCCACACACACACACACACACACUCGCAUAGCAAAUCACAGCACCUUAACAGUACAAUAUGAGGUUACACGGGUUACGCUAUGCUACCAAAUGCCGCUACAUGCUAAACUUAAGGUACAGAGAGACUUAAAGGAAGGGAAGGGAGGUACAAGAGGUAUAUGUGGCACUAUGUUAAAAAUAAGGGAGGUGAAAGAUAGGGACGAAGGAAGGGAGAGAGGCGAAUGGGAGGGAGCAAGUAUGUGGUCGGAAGAGAGCAGGGAGGAUGAUAUAGGGAGAUGAAGGAAGGGAGGGAGGUAUAUGUGGCACUAUGUUAAAAAUAAGGGAGGUGAAAGAUAGGGACGAAGGAAGGGAGAGAGGCGAAUGGGAGGGCGCAAGUAUGUGAUAGGGAGAGAGCAGGGAGGAUGACAGGGAGAAGGGAGGAUGAUAUAGGGAGAUGAACGAAGGGAGGGAAGUACAGGAGGUAUGUUAAUUUAAGGGAGGUGAAAGAUAGGGAUGGAAGAAGUGAGAGAAGGAAGGGAGAGAGAAGAAUGGUAGAGAAUGAUUUGGUGGGAGGGAGUAUGUGGUAGGGAAGAAGGGAGGGAAUGAAGAAAAGGAGGAUGAAAGGGAGAAGGGAGGAUAGUAUAAAAAGAUGAGGGGAGGAAGAAAGGAAGGAAUACAUGGCACUAUGUUCAAAAUAAGGGAGGUGAAAGAUACUGAAGAAGGGAGUGAAGGAGGAAAACAGUGAUAAAAGGGAGAAGGGAGAAUGGUAUAAAAAGGCGAGGGGAGGAAUGACUAUGUUGAGAAUAAGGGAGGUGGAAGGGAGUGAAGGAAGAAAGCAAGGAGGUAAAAAGGGAGAAGGGAGGAUGGUACAGAGAUGAAGGGAGAGAGGGAGGUAUAUGUGGCUCUAUGUUCAGAAUAAGGGAGAUAUGAAAGACAGGGAAGGAAGAGAGCAGGAAGGAUGAUAUAUAGAGAUGAAGGAAGGGAGGGAAUGGAAGUGGAGGAGGUAUAUGUGGCUAUGUUCAAAUUAAGGGAGAGAAGGAAGAGAGUGAGGAGGAUAAAAGGGAGAAGGGAGAGAGGGAGGUAUAUGUGGCUGUUCAGAAUAAGGGAGAUAUGAAAGACAGGGAAGAAGGGAGUGAAGGAAGAAAGCAAGGAUGAUGAAAGGGAGAAGGGAGGAUACUGACAUGUGAUAGAAUUACCUUAAUAUGUAAUGAAGUUAGUGAGAAGAGGGAGUUAGUUAAAAAAGGGAAGGGAGAAGAAGGGUUGAAGGGAGCAGCAGGGAGGGUAAGAAGAAGGGACAAGGGAGAUUACUGGCUUAUGGGAGUGUACUUCCUUAAUAUAAAUGAGGGUGAGAAGGGAGAUGAAUAGAGGAAGAGAUUGAAUAGAGAGGAUGAAGGAUAAAGGGGGAAAAAGGAGAGAGGGGAGAGAGAGGGUUGAGGAAAGGGAAAGAAAGGAAGAUAAAUAAAGUGAUUGUAAAGAGGAGGAGAGAUAAGAAAAGGGGAGAGAGAGAGAGGAAGGAGAUAAAAAGGAUGAAAGAUGAGAAGAGUAAUUGAGAAGAGGAUGGGGAAUAGGGAAAGGGAGAGAAAAGGAGAAGGGAGGAAGAGAGAGUUGAGGAGAAGAAGGGGAAUAGGGAAAGGGAGAGAGAGUUGAGGAGAAGAAGGGGAAUAGGGAAAGGGAGAGAAAAGGAGAAGGAAGGGAGAGAGAGUUGAGGAGAAGGAAGGGAAUAGGGAAAGGGAGAGAAAAGGAGAAGGGAGGGAGAGAGAGUUGAGGAGAAGGAAGGGAAUAGGGAAAGGGAGAGAAAAGGAGAAGGAAGGGAGAGAGAGAGAGUUGAGGAGAAGGAAGGGAAUAGGGAAAGGGAGAGAAAAGGAGAUGGAAUAGAGAGAGAGUUGAGGAGAAGGAAGGGAAUAGGGAAAGGGAGAAUUGAGGAGAAGGAAGUGAAUAGGGAAAGGGUUUAAGAAGAGGAUAAAGGGAGAGGAAUGUAUAGGAGAGAGGAAAGAGAGGAAUAAAGAAAUAAAUAAAAAGAGAAAUGGCAGUGAAAAAAUGAUGGAGAUGAUGAAGUAAUUAGGUAGAACACUAAUGACAUAUAUAUAAGUACACACACACACACACACACACACACACGUACAA